AUGGAGACCGUUCGCAACAUCCAGAAUCCCAUCCCUCCGGUGGUGCUCCAGCCAUCCAAGUGGCUGUCACUCUACGAGGACUUUGUCGCCAAGAACUCCAGCUCAGUUGGUUCGGUCGAGUCAGCUCUGAGGUCAUUGACCUACAUCAUCCCAGUGCACUCUGGAGUCCAACUUUUAUCGCUGUAUCACGAUUCCCUCGUGUCGCGAGUCAUUUCUCGACUGCCCCCGACGGUCCCUCGGCCGCCACCUACUCCCCAUGCCCGAUACACUAAAUACUGGACCUCGCGCUCCUCGCUCUAUCAUCGAGUUGCCGCGGCGCUGCAGAUGCUACAGUACACAGAACUUCUCUGGGAGAUGACGGCGCGCCGACGUGGACAGAAGACUCGAUGGCAUGUCGUUGUCUUCCUUGAAUUUGCCAAGGCUAUCUGCCGCCUGCUCUUGCUUCGACUGACCAACUCGAGACCGUUGGUCAGUCCUCCGCUGCCGGAGCGGGAGGUGGACCCGCGGUCGACACAGGGAGAGGAGGACCAGAGCGACUGGAAUGGCAUGGAGACUCCCACGAGCGAGCGUUCUACAGACAUCAGCUGGACUAUGCCUCGCACGGGUCUAUCCUUGCCCUCUCUCCCGGACGUUAACGACGUGUCGAACUACCUGAUCUCGAAAGUUCUCACUGCGGAUGACAUCAAGCCCCCCAAGACAUUGCUGCACCGUGUCACUGGACAGGGUCAGUUGGCGGAAGUCUUGUAUAUCCUACGACCAGUGGUUUAUGCGCUUGCCAUGCAGCGAUGGAGCGGAGACCGGCGCAGCUGGCGGCCCUGGCUGAUUGGAUUCGGCAUGGAAUAUGGUUGCCGCCAGCUUGCCAAGCGCGAUUUCCGGGAGCGAGUUGCUGGUGGCCUCCGUGGACUGACUGGACUUGAGCGCGAGGAACUGAGGAAGCGUGGAUGGUCUAUGGGCUGGUGGCUGUUGCGAGGCGCCUUCUACGAGAAUAUCACAAAGUACGUAUCCCAGCAACAAGCACGACCUCUUCUGAAUUUAAAGCUAACGAGAUACAGAUCAUGGUUGCAAAGUGUGACUGGCAAGAUGAAAGGCAAGCCACUCCUGGACUUAGUGGGAAGUGUUAUCGAGGACUACGAAUACCUUUGGGACAACUACUACUUCUCGACUGCCACUCUGUGA